ACUGUCAAAGCCAGUCGGAAUGGAUUCAGAGCAUGAACUUCUCACGAUGCUGACCUUCUACCAUGACCUGGGGUACGUAGUAUACUACGGAGGCAUUGAAGACGACCAGUCUCUCCUACGUGACAUGGUGAUCCUUAAUCCUCAGUGGCUUAUUGAUGUCUUCAAGCAGGUCAUAACCAUCCUGGAUCCUGCAGAGAGGGACGGGAUCGUGAGUGAUGCUUGGACCUCUCUUGAGAAGGAUGGUAUCUUAGAGGAUAGGUUGAUUCAGCAUAUGUGGCAAAGCUUCUUGGAGCAAAAGGAGGCCUUAGUCAAGCUUAUGGCCAAGUUUGAUCUCAUCUGUGAGGCUCCUGUAGAACGACUCCAGCAAGAGCAACAGGAUGAAGUGGACACUGAGGUAUCAAAUGAAACAGAGAAGGUGGUAAAGAAGCGCUACUAUGUUCCUUCCAGGCUAACAUCACCAUGCCCCCAAGAGGAGAUUGAACGGAUCAAAUCUUCUACAGACUUUUAUGUGGACUUCAGAGGCUUUUUACCAGAUGGGCUGUUUCAUCGGUUGAUGGCGAGAGCAGUCAGAUGGAUGGGUGAAAGAGAUGGGGAACCAGUCAAUCUUUUCUAUCGUCACAUCAGUCUAAUGUUUGAUGAAGAGCAUCAUGCCUUACUGGAGAUGAAACCUCCCCAUGAAGCAACUAUCAAGGUCACUGUAUACCGAGGAGCGGUGGCUGAUUCUGAUCAUAAUGGGGAUAGUCAUAAACCUCCAGCCCCAAGUGCUGUCAAAGAGGUAGGUAGCUUAACAGGAUGGUUUCAAUUAGUACAAUGA